AUGCCAUUUAUAUGUGCGGAGUGUGGGAAAGGAUUCAACUGGAAGUUAAUAUCUGAUAAUCAUAAAAGAGUUCACACUGGAGAGAAGCCUUACAUAUGUGAAGAAUGUGAACAAGAAUCCAUCCAUAAAUCAAACAUUCAUGAUUAUCAGAAAGUCCUCACUGAAGAAAAGCCCUUUGAAUGUAAUAAAUGUGGGAUGAGUUUCAGCCAAAAGGUUUCAUUUCAUGCUCAUGAGAGAAUGCACAUUAAAGAAAAAUGCUAUAAUUGUGAUGAGUGUGGGAAAGGAUUCAGACUUAAGUCAAACCUUCAUGAACAUAUGAAAGUCCACUCUGGAGAAAAGCCCUUUAUUUGUGAUGAGUGUGGGAAAGGAUUCAGUCGUAAGUCAAACCUUUAUGAACAUGUGAAAGUCCACUCUGGAGAAAAACCCUAUAAUUGUGAUGAGUGUGGGAAACGAUUCAGAUACAAGAAAAACCUUCAUGGACAUCUGAAAGUCCACUCUGGAGAAAAGCCCUAUAAUUGUGAUGAGUGUGGGAAAGGAUUCAGACAGAAGUCAAACCUUCAUAAACAUCUGAAAGUCCACUCUGGAGAAAAGCCCUAUAAUUGUGAUGAGUGUGGGAAAGGAUUCAGUUGUAAGUCAAACCUUCAGGUACAUAUGAAUGUCCACUCUGGAGAAAAGCCCUUUAUUUGUGAUGAGUGUGGGAAAGGAUUCAGUCGUAAAUCAAACCUUCAUGAACAUAUGAAUGUCCACUCUGGAGAAAAACCCUUUAUUUGUGAUGAGUGUGGGAAAGGAUUCAGUUGUAAGUCAAACCUUCACGUACAUAUGAAUGUCCACUCUGGAGAAAAGCCCUUUAUUUGUGAUGAGUGUGGGAAAAGAUUCAGUUGUAAUUCAUACCUUCACAUACAUAUGAGUGUCCACUCUGGAGAAAAGCCCUUUAUUUGUGAUGAGUGUGGGAAAGGAUUCAAAUACAAGAAAAGCCUUCAUGGACAUCUGAAAGAUCACUCUGGAGAAAAGGCCUAUAUAUGUGAUGAGUGUGGGAAAGGAUUCAGACAGAAGUCACACCUUUAUGAUCAUUUGAAUAUUCACUCUGGAGAAAAGCCCUAUAUAUGUGAUGUGUGUUGGAAAGGAUUCAGAUUUAAGUCAAAUCUUCAACAACAUCUGAAAGUACACUUUGGAGAAAAACUCUUUACAUGUGAUGAGUGUGGGAAAGGAUUCAGAUGGAAGUCAAGCCUUCAUAGACAUCAUAUAAUUCACAUUAGAGAGAAGCCCCACGUAUGUGUAGAUUGUGGGAAAACAUUUAUUCAGGAGAAAUGUCUUCAUGAACAUCAGAGAGGCCACACUGGAGAAAAGCUCUUCAUAUGUGAUGAGUGUGGGAAAAGAUUCAAAUGGAAGUCAAACCUGAAUAGACAUCAUAAAAUUCACACUACUGAGAAGCCCUAA